AUGUUCCACAGCUCAUUCACACGGCUACGCUCAGCCACAGCAAGCCGAAUCGCAGCCAUGGCCGCAGCUCCCCUAGUUGUCUCUGUCUCGCUCGCACCGUCACUCAACCCAGACGGACAGACUGGAGGGUCAGACGCGACAGACAAGGCCCACCACAAGCCUAACGGAGGCUUCGUGAACCCGUGGAAAUCUUUCAAGGACCCGGGCAGAGGACCGUCGACCUUGUUCAACGCCUGGAAGAGCUGGGAGAGUCACCCUGUCCCGCCGCCCGAAAAGCUCCCCCGCCUCGUCCCACCAACCUUCGCCCCUCCCUCCUCCCUCUCCGCCUCCGAAAAAGACGCCUGGUACGCCGACUUGAAAGCGACAUGGCUCGGCCACGCCUGCUUCCUCGUCGAGUUUCCUGCGCCGCCGGGGCAGAAGGGAGACGAGGAGGGCAAGAAGAGAGGGUUUAGGGUGUUGCUUGAUCCGGUUUGGAGUCACAGGUGUUCACCUAGCCAGCUGAUCGGACCCGCUCGCGUUACCAAGCCGCCCAUCCCGCUCGAGGAGAUCCCGCACGUCGACGCCGUCGUCAUCUCGCACAACCACUACGACCACCUCGACAUCGCGACCCUGAAGCACCUCUACUCCGCCCAACCCCACGGAACCCUCCACUUCUUCCUUCCGCUCGGCAACAAGUCCUGGUUGGAGAAGACGAUUGGCGUCAAGUCGAGUGAAGUGACCGAGCUGGAUUGGUGGGAGGAGAGGGUGGUCAGGUUGGGUGAGAAGGAGACCGGCGCGGAGGGGGAGGGAGAGGGGGAGAAGUUGAGGGUCGUAUGCACGCCUUGUCAGCAUUUUACCGGCCGCAGCUUGACAGACCGCAACGACACCCUCUGGGCCUCCUGGUGCAUCGAAAGCAGCACAGGCGGCAAGAUCUGGUUCGGCGGCGACACGGGUUACCGCACGGUUCCGCGCGGCGUCGACGCUGAAGGACUCGAGAAGUACGAGACGUGCCCUGCUUUCGCCGAGAUUGGGAAGAGGGAGGGACCGAUGGAUAUGAGCUUCAUCCCGAUUGGUGCUUAUCAGCCUCGCUGGCUCUUCAGUAGCGUCCACUGCUCGCCCGAAGACUCGGUCGAGCUACACCAGCACGUGCGGAGCAAGAAAUCUAUCGGUAUGCAUUGGGCGACUUGGAUGCUCACUCCCGAAGAAAUGACCGAACCCCCGCGCCGUCUCCGCUCCGCAUGCGAAGAGUACGGAAUCGGGGAGGACGAGUUUGGGGUGACGGAUAUUGGCGAGACCGUGAGGGUGAAGGUGGAGCGGAGGGGGGAGUAG